UUGAUCGAUAUGAUAAAUCAUUGAUGAUAAGAAGAUAUAUUCAUAAAAACAAUAUUAUUCCGUACAUUACCACAGUAUAUCUAGGUAUUUUACCCUAACAUAUUUUCUAGCUUCCCAGACAAACCCUACAUUGUUUGCUGAACUCCUUUUCCUGAAUUAUCCUAUUUGGUGUUGCAGGAACAGCCCACGGAUAAGGUCGACCAAAUAGCUUCUAUAUCACACUACACUACGCAGCUGGAAGCUCAUUUGAAGCUCCUAAAGUCCCCAAUCCAGUCCGCCAGGGUUAGCAGCAUAUAAAUUCACUCUACAUACCCAAAAUACUUCUUCAACCACUUGCUUGUUAACACUACAACGUCACCAAAGGAAACAUCAAUAUUAUGAAUCGCUACCAUGGCAUCAAUAGGCCUGCAACCAUUGGGGGUCAUUCCAGGGCAUCUGCUUCAACUACGUGCCAAAAAUGUCUAAAGAAAGAUAUGUUCAAGUUCUAAUUUAGUCUGGAUCCUCAUAGCUAACUAUCAUUACGGCACUAUAGUUAUGAAUGCAAAGCAAAUGCGCAGGAACGUCCAUAUGUCUCCCGACCCUCGCGUACACAACAACUUUCCAAUCCCAAGCUUGUUCCAAAAUUGACUAGUGAUAUACCACAAGAUCUUUUGAAAAAGUACGUCUUUCUGCUCAGCUACGCCCGCAUGGUCAUUCUUCCUUCUUUGCCCCCAAUUGUUCCCAGGUACUGUUAGAAGGAUGUUAGUAGGCUCUGACUUCUACCGCUUGAGUGAAUUGAGGCAUCGCAUAUUAGGGGCAUAUUAUGAUAUUGUGCAUUUGCCAAUUCUUUAGUCAACAAUGGGGCUAGAAAGUUGUGCUGACUGGUUAUGAUAGGAAGGGCGUUGCUGAUGAGCAACUUGCGAAAGUGGAGCAGGAAAGAGGCCGUAAACGCGAGAGACAAAAUGAGGACUUGGAAAUGGGAGCUUCCAAGCGGAGAAGGUCAGUUUCUUCAGCGUCAGUCUCGACAAUAUCUACAAAUAUGUCGCGUUCGCCUUCACCAAGACAAGCUCGGCCCGCGUCCGAUACAUACGAUUCUAGGCAGCCACAUUCACCACCCCGACCAGCCUCCAGUCAACACAAGCGUAGAACCCCCAGCUUCUCCCCGUCACUACCACCAUCUCGACAAGACAUACGGAACUCCGGAACGAAGCGGAGAAGAGACAAAUCCUCUUCUAUAGACUCAUACAGUUCUAGAGAAGAGCAAGACAUCAGAAAUUCGAGAGAAAGAACAAAUAGCCGAAGUACGAGAAAGAGAUUCAACGACCGAAGCCCCGAGGUGCGUGGGAGAAGAACCGAAAGCCGAAGUCCCCAUAGAGGCAGAAGAAACCUUUCACAUGAUAGGAGACGGUUUGAUGAGCCUCGGGUCAAAGAAUCGCGUAAGGAAUCUUUUGCAUCUUCUGAAACUCAUGCUCCAUGCCCACAGAGAGAGAGGAGUAUGAGCCCUUUUAGCAAGAGGCUAGCGCUUACGCAAGCGAUGAAUAUGGGUCGGUGAGCAAAAGGGCGGGCCAAGAAUGGUUGCGUGGUUGAGAAAUUCCCUUUGGCUACCUGCCACUUUUGUAUCUAUAUUAAUUUUUAAGACGCCCAUACGCCCUUAUAGUAUGCCUGUUACGGAAAAGAACGCUUUUUGUACAAUCGAUUAAAAAAUCUCGACGUUGAUCUCAUUGUAGAUCUUCAUCCUCUUUCUCCCUUCGUUCUUCUUCUUCCUCUUCCUUUUCCCGUAGCUUGACUCCCUCCACCAAGGCAA